AUGUCAGAAAAAAUCACAUCAGCAUCAUCUACCACUCCGAAAGCAACUGCAAAAACUUCAGCCGCGUCUGCAUCAACUCCCAAAUCCGAUGUAACAACUUCAGAAUCCGAUGUAACAACUGUCAAGUCAGAAUCUGCUUCAACGUCAGAAAAAAUCACAUCAGCAUCAUCUACCACUCCGAAAGCAACUGCAAAAACUUCAGCCGCGUCUGCAUCAACUCCCAAAUCCGAUGUAACAACUUCAGAAUCCGAUGUAACAACUGUGGAAACAGAACCUGCUUCAACGUCAGAAAAAAUCACAUCAGCAUCAUCUACCACUACUCCGAAAGCAACUGCAAAAACUUCAGCCGCGUCUGCAUCUACUCCUAAAUCCGAUGUAACAACUUCAGAAUCCGAUGUAACAACUGUCAAGUCAGAAUCUGCUCAAACACCAGACGCAACUACAUCAUCUAAUGGAAGAACAACUCCAGUGAUUCAAUUGCCAGAAAACUUGUGCCCGAACUGCACAACAACCAACAACACGUGUGUCUGGCUUUCAUCUGCUGGGCCUUCAGUGGAUGAAAUGAAAGAGCUAAUAAAGAAACUUACAUUGGAAAAGAAGACACUCUCGUCCUACAAACGUGAAAAGACAUCGGCUAGUGACGACCGGCCAACUGCCCAGGCAAUCGGAAAGGUUGGAAUCGUCUUCUUUGUCCUUGCGUUUGCCGGAGUGGUGCUUCUUGAUUGUGGAAGAGUCGUUGACUGUCUUCGGAAGCGAAACCGAAAACGCGUGAUCUUUAGCAAAGCCUGAUGCAGUGAUCGUUAAAACAGUCACAUUGUUUUGCAGCCAUUUUAAGGGUUGAUCUUUAAGACUCCUCUUGUUUACAAAUCUCAGAGGAACAUUGUACUUUAUACAAUCACUUAUUGUGCUUGUUGGCCACCGGUUUGGACAAGAUACGCUCACCUUCGUCACUAUAUCAUCAC